UAUCAUGACUUCAUGUCUCGCCACCCAGAAAACUGUCAGUGGGAACAGUGGAGUUUUGAAAAUAUUGCUACCAUACUUGCUCGCCGGUUCCCCAGUAGCUUUGUUUGGGUUGUGAAGUGUUCUCGAAUGCACCUGCACAAAUUCAGUUGUUACGAUAAUUUUGUUGCCAGCAACAUGUUUGGAGCACCAGAGCACAGCACUGACUUUGGAGCUUUCAGGCAUCUCCAUGCAUUGCUAGUUAAUGCAUUCAGACUCUCUCAGAAUAUUAUGCUGUCCCAGAAAAGUGUUCAUGGUGUCAGCAAGGAUGCAAAAAUAGCUGCUUGUAAACCACAGCCGCAGUCUGUUCCUACAAUAAAUGACUGCUCGUCCACAGAAAGAGAGAGAGAUUGUGAAUGCUGUAAUAAUUCUGCUAUGAACUUCAUUAUACCGUCUGCUGUAGGUGCAGUGUCAUUUACUUUGAUUGGCUUCAGUAAAGGUUGUGUGGUUUUGAACCAGCUGCUUUAUGAGCUGGAGGAAGCUAAAAAAGACAAGAAUACAGAUGUCUUCUUAAAAAGCAUAAAAGCAAUUUACUGGUUGGAUGGUGGUCACUCAGGAAGAAGCAACACGUGGGUUACUUGCCCUCAAGUGCUGAAAGAACUUGCACAGACAGGAAUUGAAGUUCAUGCUCAUGUUACACCAUACCAAGUGUUUGAUACAAUGAGGUCAUGGAUUGGGAGGCAGCAUGAGAAAUUUGUACAGAUACUUGAAGAAUUCGGUGUGGAAAUAAACGAUCAACUACAUUUUGCUGAUGAUGUUCCCUCCUUAGAUAACCAUUUCAGAGUUCAUGAAGUAUUCUGA